AUGGGGGCGCUACCGUCCAAGCUGCGAGGCGGCCUCUCAACCCGUGACGCAGUAGCGUACACGGUUCCCACCUCAGCCAUGGUCGCUGCCUUUGCACGUCAAGGAGCCGACAUGACGCGAGAUGAGAGCGUCGACUCGGCGCCGUCCGACCACCCAUUGCCCGUGAUUGACGAUGUCGACGAUUUCCGCUCCAUCAUCAAGAAGCUCUCCAUAUACUUUUGCUCCGUGAUUGAGCUUCCUAGCACGUUCGAGCAGCUGCGCACGACCUCGGCGGGAGCAUGCCUGCGCGACCUGGCCAACCACCUCGCCGAGACGUGCCAGAAUCCCCUCAUCGUGAAUGCCCUUCUCGCGCUAAAAUGGCACUACGACGCCGACACGCAUGAGCAGACGCUCAGCGACUCCCGCGCCUCGGCGUGCGAGAUUGUCGCCUGGCGCUUCCUGGCGCAAAAGUCCGACGUGGACGCCAUGCGCUUCUGCCUGCACGAGAUUCCCGGCCUGCGCGCCGGUCCCCGCCGCGAGGACCGCGGUCGCUCCGACGAGGAGGCGCAGCAGCCCGGCGAGUCGACGCCGCUCCUGCACCGCGCCAAGACGAACCCGGACGGCGAGUACGGCGUCCGUCGCCGCCACGCGCACGCAACCGCGCACGCCGCCACUUCGUCUCGCCACUCGCUGCGCCUAGAGUCCUUCUCGCUGGCCGCCAACGAUGCCGAGACCGCCUCGGCGGACGGGGAGGCCGACCCGGCCGAGGUGUUCCGCACGCUCAACGCGCUCGAGGUCGCCGUCGUCGCCGGCGCCAAGCGCUUCCUCGGACGCAACGUCGUGCAGCGCAUCGUCACGGGCAUCUGGCACGGCGAAAUCAUCUUUUGGGACUCGCUGUCGGUGCACGCCACCAAGACGCCGCGUCUCUACGACCCGGACAAGACGGAUAUUUACUCCCGCCUGCGCGUGCCCAAGUACCUCAAGACCUUUGAGGCCUUUUUCUUCUUAAUCUUUCUCUACCUCUACUACUCGGUGCUGAUCCAGCGCGUGACGGAGAGGAUCACGGCCACCGAGGCGGUGCUGUGGGUGUGGAUUGCUGCGUUUUGCUACGAUGAGUUUAGCGAAUGGCUGGAUGCCGGGUCCGUCUUCUACGUCACGGACAUAUGGAACGUGUGCGACUUGAUCAUGAUGCUGCUCGGCUGCAUCUUCGCCGCACUCAGAAUCACGGGCGUCAUACAGCAAAGCACCGCCAUCAACAACACGGCUUUUGACAUCUUGGCUCUCGAAGCCCUCUUCCUCGUGCCUCGAAUGUGCUCCCUUCUCUCGCUAAACCCCUCUUGGGGCAUCCUUAUCCCCUGCCUCAAAGAAAUGACCAUGGACUUUCUCAAAUUCAUGGUCAUCAUCCUCAUCAUCUACUGCGGCUUCCUCACCACCUUUUCGCUCCUCGGCCGCGACCACUUCACGCUCGUCCGCAUGGCCGGCGUGCUCGGCAAAAUCUUCUUCGGCUCCAGCUACGUCGGCUUCGACAUCAUGCACGAAAUUGACCCCUACUUUGGCCCGCCCCUCAUGAUUGUCUUCAUCACGCUGUCCACCUUUCUCCUCAUGGGCUCGCUCGCCGGUCUGCUCGCCAACAGCUUCGCGCGCGUCAUGAACGAGGCCCACGUCGAGUACGUCUACGUCUACAGCAUCUACGUCCUCGAGGCCUCGACUAGCAACCGCCUCACCCACUUCUACCCGCCGUUUAACCUGCUCGCCCUGCUCCUCUUCCGACCCUGGCGCCUGGUGCUGCGCGGCGACGAGGCCUUUCGCGGCGCCCGCAUCUGGCUGCUCAAGGCGACACACACGCCCAUUGUCGCCGUCAUCGCCCUCUAUGAGAUGAUGACGCGGCGCAGCACCGUCAAGGGCCUGCCGCAGCUCGCCGGGUCCAUACUAGAUGCGAGCGAGGGCUUGCGUCGCCCAGAGUCGCGCAUCGGCGCCGACAGAGCGGAGACGGGACGCCGACGCACGAAGCGGCGGCGAGCUGUGCUACACUCGCAGGAAAGGACAGCCGUUGAGCAAGAACCCGGAGACGCUCAUCGUGUCGCCCUGGAAAUACAGAUUGGGGAGCUGAACAAGAUGAAAGGCAGAGAAGAAUCACGCAUUGACAGUCAGGACCUAUGA